AAGCUUGCAACGCAAAACAGAAAAACAUGGCAGCUGAGGUGGAGACGGCCACAGCAUCUGAUAAAUUUUCGGCCAAUGCUGAGGAAUUGGAAAGCUACUAUUUAAUGCUUGAAGCUGGCAAUAUACCAGAACUUCAAUGGCAAUUUCCUGGACGUCGAGCGCCCUCUCCAGACGCCAGCGUGGGCGGCAGCAACAAGGAACUAGAAGCUGCUACCGAAACUGUGGAGCAAGAGCCACAAAAGGCAAACGAUUUUGAUUUCAGCGACGAAGUUGCACCCACUCAAAUGCGCGUACGAAGCCAAACGUCGACGCCGAAGUCGGCCAAGAAAAAGACCGCAAAUUUUGCCGGCGUUAUGGAGACGCUGAAAAAGAAAAAAACCGAGGGCUCCUAGCAGACAAGUGCUCUUCUUCUUCAAAGACCAGCAUAUUUGUAGAUAUGUAUGUAUAUAUGUAUAUAUAUAUAUAUAUAUAUAUAUACGAAAAAACCAAAAACAAUUACAAUGAACAGUAGUAUGUGUAAAUUAAUAGAAUGUUGUAGAAUUUCUCACUAGUUAUAAGGCAUUCGUAAAUAUUUAUCAACGAAUUAUUAUUGUUGUGCAUAUAAUGUAUGCAUUUUAUAAUUAAGUACUUUAAUAAAUCUAGUAAUCCAUUCAUAUUUUCCUCUUAUACACUUGAUGUUCAAAACAUAAAUGUGACAAAUUCAUAUGAUUUUGUAGUAUAAACUUAUCAGUGUAUUUUAAGUUCUAUUUAUAUAUAUUCAAAAAGAAAUCGUAUCAUCAAACAGGCGUUAACUAUAAGAAAAGAAAUAUCAUAACUAUUCAUCAUGUGAAUUAUAAUCGUAAAUUCCGAAAUGUAUGGAUCUCUCAUGUAUUGUAUAGACUUAGCUGGAAUGUUUGUUAUUGCCGUCUCUUUUCUUUGACUAUCUCUUUCGCUUUUAUGUGAACUGUACAAACAAAAUCAUUGCAGUCGUAAAAAUUGCCAUCAAUAUUUUCGAUCUAAAUAUUAAAACAGCGAUCAUGUUUAUUUUACUUUAUUUUCUUCUAUGUGUAUGAAACAGAACAUUUUAUAUUGCCAAAGGAAUAUUUGUGUAUGUCUAUGAAAGCAUGGUUAUGUGUGUGUAUAUAUAAAUAUGUGUAUGCAAACAUUAAGAUACAUUAAUGUUUAUAUCAAAUAGUAUAUUGUCACAAGAAUGUACAUAAGUAUGUAUGCAUGUAUAUACACAUGUAUGUGUAUGUAAGUAUGUGUACACAAAUGUCAAUGUAUGUGUAUAAUGUAUAAUUAAUGGCGAAUGCAAAGUUAAGUUACCAAUACUUCUUAAAUUCCAAAGUUAUGCAUUAAAUAGUACCCUUCUAUUCGAUUCUCAAGAAUUCAUAUAGGCCCGGUUUGCAUUCGAGUU